UGCCGGACACAGACCAGCCGAGCAGCGGGACGCCUCACACCUCUGAGCAGGAACCGUAGCGCCCGUCCAGGAUGACUCGGGCCGUGCUGGUGGACCUGAUCCACGGCUGCUGUCCAGAACGCACCGGCGCGUCUCUGCUGGAGGAACCGGAGCCGCAUGUGUUCCUGCUGUGCGGGAAGCUCUACCGGGACAAACCCGGCUCUUUGGACACGUAUCGGAACGGAAACGUGCAGGUUCUGGACUCGGGCUCCACCGCGGAGUGCUUGUACCGGUUCAAGCAGACUCUGGACCGGCUGGACCUGAGCUCGGUUCGGGUUCUGACGACCGCGCAGGGCCGGGAGGUGCUGCUCCGGUACCAGGCGCUGCUGUUUACGGCCGUGUACACCUUUGAUUACCGGGUGAGGCCGGCGGAGAGUCUCACCUGUCCUGGCUGCACAGGCUCCGCCCACUCCGUCUCACCUGCUGAGAGAGUCCAAGAAGAGGUGUCGGCGUUUCUGCAGCAGCUGCCUCCGGUGGAGGGAGAGGUCUCGGUGCUCCGGUCCACACUGAUCCCAGGCUGCUUCGGUCACGGCUUCAGCACUCGGACCGGCGGCGUCUCCUACAUCCCGACCCUGUCCUCUUUGAAUCUGUUCAGCAGCAGCAGGCGGAGGGACCCCGUCGCCGUGGUGAUGGAGAACCGGCGCCGACUGGGCCUCCACGCCGGCUUCCACCCUCGACCGCUACGACUGGUCAAGGUGAACCAUGCCAGCGACGUCUGGGUUUUGGGGAAACCUGAGCCGGAGAGCUACGACGCGAUGGUGACCAACCAGACCGGACUCGUCUUGGCGGCUCCGGGGGCCGACUGCAUGCCGAUCCUGUUCGCUGACCCGGUUCUGAAGGUCAUCGGAGUCGCGCACGCAGGUUGGAAAGGGACCCUGAUGGGGGUUGCCAUGGCGACUGUGGAUGCCAUGGUGACAGGAUUCGGUUGCCGGGUGAGCGACGUCGUGGUGGCGGUCGGUCCGUCGGUGGGAGCCUGUUGCUUCACCCUAGAAAGGCAUCAGGCGCUGGACUUCACCGGCAUCCAUCCGGACUGUGUCCCCGACCCAGAAUCUGAACGACCACACGUCGACAUCCGCCUCGCCAACAGAGUUCUCCUCCAGAACGGCGGCGUUCUACCCGAGAACAUCCAUGACGACCGGGCGGCCGACCGUCCCUGCGUGACUCCCUGCACCUCGUGUCGCCCCGACGGCUUCUUCUCCCACGUCAGGGACGGACUCAACUUCGGCACUCAGGUGGGCUUCCUGUGGAUCAAAGAAACGGAACCAGGUGUCGGACUUCCGGCGGGCCAGAUGGGCCGACGGGAGGGACGUCAGCAGGACUUCGGUGCUUCGGUUUAGAAAUCCUGUGGAACUCAAAACAGACGGUUACACGGCGGCACCAGCAGGGGUCAGUGGUGAGGCCGGCAGCCGAGCUGAGACGGAUGACAACCGUGGGUGAACCACAAGAGUCUGUGGGAGAAAAAUAUGUUUACGUUCCCACAGAUGAGAACUUCCUCAGUCAGCCCACAAGUUGUUGGAAGAUACUUUCUGCAUGAUGAAACGUCUUGAGUUAAUGUGCAGAAGUAGAGUGAAAAACAGCUCGUUGGUAGAAGUUGUAAAAAUGUACCGUAAAUUCCAGACUAUGAGCGCACCUGAAUAUAAGCCACACCCAC